AUGCAUUCGGAGGAUCAAUUUAUGAUGUUAAAAUCAAAGGAUGUUUUGCGUGAAAUAAAAAGCAUAAAAAGCAAGGGUUCUAGUCCAAAGAUUUGGCCCUCUGUCGCGUAUGAGAAGGAUAAUAGCGACGUCGAAGAAUUAAGCACGAACCAAGGGAACAGUUUGUCUAUUGGAAGAUUUCAAGAUGAACGAAAUUAUCCUGUGGACAUCGGUGCCACGGAGAGUUUUCACUGCGCAAUUGGGCCCGCUUUAAGCAUCGCUCAAGUAUUCGGUAUAUUUCCGGUGGCUGGAGUACGAUCUGCAUCACCCUCGAAGCUUCAUUUUAAGACAUUUUCAUUCCUCACUGUUUACUCAGGUUUUAUUGCCACAAUGAUAUUUUUCAUGACAAUCAUAUCUGUUGUUCACAUGUUGAAAACUUUUAACGCUAAUACGUUUCACACACGUGGUGGCAUUGCUGCAGCAACGGUUGGCGCUGUAUUCUAUGGGAACAGUCUGCUGGGCAGCAUCUUAUUUUUCUGGCUGUCGUCACGCUGGGUACCCCUCCAAUCCGAAUGGAGGGCCAUGGAACGAUACAUAGACAGCACUGUCACAGAACCCACGCGUCUUCGAUGGAAGUUCUUCUUCCUGAGCUUGGUGGUGCUGGUGUUAUCUUUCAUAGAGCAUGUCCUAAGCAUGUUCAACAACGUUGAAGGUUAUGACUGGAACGCAUCAAACUCCACCUUUCGCAACUUUUUGGAGAUAUAUACUUUGCGCUCGCAUUCGUUCAUCUUCGACACAUUGGACUACAACUUUACCUUCGGUCUGUACAUUUUUGUGGUUAGCAAACUAGCGACCUUCACAUGGAACUUCACGGACCUUUUUAUUAUGCUGGUUGCCACAGGUUUGGCUGAAAGGUAUAAAUCUUUGAAUAAAAAAUUAGCAACCACCGUGACGAAGUAUCGACCAACAUUUGAUUGGCGGGAACUUCGCGAAGACUAUGCCAUAUUGAGUUGCGUCGUGAAAAAAGUGGACAACCAUAUCUCCCCCAUCAUACUGUUAUCUUUCGCAAACAACCUAUACUUCAUUUGUCUUCAACUAUUAAAUGGCCUAUCCACGUCAGACAAGACCAGUUUUCUAAGCGUAGCAUACUUUUUCGGCUCUUUUGCUUUCCUCAUCGUCCGUACGUGCGCUGUUACCUUACUUACUGCUAGAAUACACGACCAAAGCAAGGAGGCGUUACCAUAUUUAUACAGUUGUUCAGCACCCAAUUAUGGUGUAGAGACCCAGAGAUUACAAUAUCAACUCGCAACAGACGAAAUUGCCUUGACAGGACUACGUUUCUUCUCGAUCACGAGAAAUUUCAUGCUGGCAGUUUGUGGAGCUAUUAUAACAUACGAGGUUCUGCUUUUGCAAUUCAAUGGAAAUAAAUGA